CUAUUGGCUGCCAGCUGACUUAUACUCUGUUGUUCAGUACAAAUUGAAGGAAACCACACCGACAAUAAAUAAGAGAAAGAAAUCAAUAUCUUGAGCCAAAAUAGUAAUCUCAUUUUGGAUAUUAAACUCCGUGUUUGACAGUCGAAUGCGGCAGAAGCUCGGACGUAAGGAAGUUUAUAUUCUUAUAAACCAUGCUAACAUUGUUAGCUAACUAGCCAGCGUCUCGUCGCCUCCUCUUCAUCUUCAUGGGUUUCUGCUGUGGAGUCUGCCAGGCUUUUGCUACAGGCAGCUGGGCAACAAAUUAAUGCCAUCUGCCAGGGUGGGUUACCUUUAUGUUUGCCCAACACCAUCCACAUACCGAUGUUGGACUUUUUGUUGAUGAAAAACAGAAUAAACGAGUGGAUACCACGCUAACACAAACUCCGGUCAUAUUAUGAGUGGGGCGAGUUGCAAAGCUAACGGUGCCGUGUACCCUGCCUCAUCGGCAAUGAUGAACUCUGUGAAGAAGCCGAAGAUGGAGCAGAUACAGGCCGACCAUGAGCUGUUUCUACAGGCCUUUGAAAAACCGACUCAGAUAUACAGAUUUCUUCGCACAAGAAACUUGAUUGCACCAAUUUUUUUGCACAGGACGCUUACCUUCAUGUCUCACAGAAAUGGUCGAACAAAUGCCAGAAGGAAAACAUUCAAAGUGGACGAUAUGUUGCAGACAGUUGAGAAGAUGAAGGGGGAGCAGGAUUCUCCAAGCUUGUCUUCACAUCUACAGUUAACUUUCACUGGGUUCUUCCAUAAGGAUGAAAAGCCAUCACAAAAUUCAGAAAAUGAACAAAAUUCUGUAUCUUUAGAGGUGCUACUUGUCAAAGUCUGCCAUAAGAAACGCAAGGAUGUCAGCUGCCCAAUAAAGCAAGUGCCUACAGGUAAAAAGCAGGUGCCUUUGAACCCUGACAGUAACCAAACCAAGCCUGGCUCCUACCCUUCCUUACUGGUGUCCAGCAAUGAGUUUGAGCCUAGCAACAGCCACAUGGUCAAGUCCUAUUCGCUCCUGUUCAGGGUGUCGCGCACAGGAAGGAGGGAUACUAACGGCCUGGUUAACGGAGAGGCCAAUGAAAACAUUGAUGUAACAGAUACUCCCAGUAGAAAGAAGAGGAGUUCAGCCCAUAGAGAGGAGGGAGAAGCCACAGAGACUUAUGUUGCACAAAUGACUGUUUUUGAUAAGAAUAGGAGAUUGCAGCUGCUGGAUGGGGAGUACGAGGUGUCCAUGCAGGGGAUGGAAGACAGCCCUGUUAGCAAGAAGAGAGCAACAUGGGAAACCAUUCUUGAUGGAAAGAGACUGCCACCAUUCGAGACGUUUUCUCAGGGACCCACAUUGCAGUUCAUGCUGCGUUGGACAGGUGAUUCCAGCGGAAAGUCCACUGCCCCGGUGGCAAAACCCCUUGCCACCCGCAAUUCAGAGAGCUACAGCCCCAUGGAGACACGGACCAGCAACCACCGAGCUGCCCUCAUGACAGUGAAAGAGUCAGUGAGCACAGACAUUCAGACGAGGAAAGAGCAGGUCCCGUGUGAGCCGCGGCAGAAGCUACGUAUUUUUUAUCAGUUCUUGUACAACAACAACACACGGCAGCAAACAGAAGCAAGAGACGAUCUUCACUGCCCCUGGUGUACCCUGAACUGCAGCAAACUCUACAGCCUGCUCAAGCACCUCAAACUCUCUCACUCUCGCUUCAUCUUCAACUAUGUGCCUCACCCCAAAGGAGCACGGAUAGAUGUGUCCAUCAAUGAGUGCUAUGAUGGCUCGUAUGUUGGCAACCCUCAGGACAUCCACAGCCAGCCGGGCUUUGCUUUCAGCCGCAAUGGGCCUGUUAAGAGGACCGCUGUUACUCACAUACUGGUCUGCAGACCAAAGAGGACCAAACCAAGUCUGUCAGAGUUCCUGGAGACUGAGGAUGGAGAGUUGGAGCAGCAGAGGACUUACGUCAGUGGGCACAACCGACUGUACUUCCACAGUGACAGUUGCAUGCCCCUUAGGCCCCAGGAGAUGGAUGUGGACAGCGAGGACGAGCGAGAUCCAGAGUGGCUCAGAGAAAAGACAGCCACGCAACUGGAUGAGUUCACAGAUGUAAACGAGGGAGAGAAGGAGGUGAUGAAGCUGUGGAACCUUCAUGUCAUGAAGUACGGUUUCAUAGCAGAUAACCAGAUGAAUCAGGCCAUCAUGCUUUUCACCGAGAACAGUGGUGCUUACAUCAUCCGCCGCAACCUCUGCCGCAAUUUCCUCUUGCAUCUGGUCAGCAUGCACGACUUCAACCUGGUGAGCACGGCCACCAUCGACCGCGCCAUGGACCGUCUGCGACAGAUCCAGGAGGAGCUGCCGGACACAGAAGAGGUGCCACAGGAUAGAAUUCUGGUCUCAGUCGGUGCCUGCAACGGAAACGCUGUCACCUCCUCUGGAGGAAAACAGGGCAAGAGGACAAAAAGUGGGCUAACGGACUGAUGCAGGCUGAACGGGUGGAACAGUUAUUGUCGAAGGUUUCCAUUUUUUGUUUAAAUUUCUUUUCUUUUUCUUUAUUGGACAUAACCGACCCUAUGGUGCUUAGAUAGGUGGGGGAGAACUGGUCUCUGGAGGAUCUAACCUGAAGCAGACCAGUAUACAAGGUAAACAAGUUUUUGAAACUUGCGAAUUGAACCAAAUAUGAACAAUAACAAAGUGAAUCGCCCACAUCAACACAAACCAGGAAUCGGCGGACUGAAGGAUGCAAGUGGAACCUACUUGUAUGCAUUUGUAGGUGCCACUGAAGUAUCUGUGUUUGGGUGUGAGUGUGAACAAACUAAGAGUCUUCUGAUGUGGCUCACUCAACUGUCUUUGGUAUGUCCUUGUUUUAGACAACUGUACGGAGACUACAGUUAAAGCUGGACUGGUGACAUUGUCAAUGUUGAUUAUUUGUACACAUACACAGUAAUGUUGAAAACUUAUCCUUUUAGCUGAUUAUGUUAGCACUUGGUGUUUGUAUUUAGAAAGCUUACCUUGAAUUUGUCUUUUUUUUUUUUUUUUAAAUCAUGCUGCGCCAAAUGUUCAAUGCAGCUUUUCCACUGUUAUCAGUGGAGAAACUUUAGUGGGUUUGAUUUCGCUGUUGUGAAUGACAUUAAAUUUGAGGGAAGUCAGUCCAACUCCGCAUUGUCAUGAAUGUGUGGAAUAUAUGAAGCCUUCAGAGCUUGUGUGAGGAGUCUCUAUGGACUGUUGGUUUUGCUGGUAGGUUGCCAUGAAUAUAGUGUUAUACUGUAAGCCUUUGACGAGAAUAAACUACUUCAUCACCCCUGAGCCUUUUGACCUGUAUCGAAAAAAUGUCAAGGAAAGCCAGGGAACUUUUCUGAAUAUUUUCCCUAAGAUUUACUGAAACAACCAGCAGAACAUCACCCCAUGUAUCAUGUAGUGUGCAUAGGAGCGAGAUAUAAAAGCCAGCGGUUUUCUGAAGCUGCUGGCACCUGUAGUUUCUCUUCACGUCAAGGUUUGAACAUGUUGGAGUGUCAGUAUAAGUACCAGUAGCUGACUGACAGAAAUGUGUAUACAUGUAAUUAUAUCAAAAUGUUUAGAUGUGCCCCGAACGACUCCACUACUUAACAAAUUGUGUUUCUUUUCUCAAAGCAAUAUACUGUUUAUUGGAUGUUUGGUUUUCAGGUCAAAGUUCAUUGUCUGUCCUUUUAGGUGCAGUUUAUGCCAAAGGGUUAUAUUUUCAUCAGCCUCUUAGUUCUGUAUAUUUUAUUAGUCUUUUUUUUUAUUGUUCAUUCCUUGAGAAGUUUUAAAAAGUGACACUUGUGUUUUUGUAGUCUGCACAAGAAUUGGGUUAUUGUCAUGAUUCAUUAUUUCAUCAGACUUCUCUUGUUGAAAACCAAAUUACCAAUAUAUUUUUCCUCUCUCUGGCAUUCACGGAGGGUUUUCUGUAUUCAUCCGGAAAAAGGGAGACCUAUUCACUAUUAUUGUCAAAACACCCUGUUUCAAAUUUGUGAACUGUACACUCUGGCUAUGGGGAUUUUUAUAUUUAAAGAAAUAAAAUAAAUUUGACCUUA